ACGUCACUGCUACUAUUCAACCUGUAGCCUUAUCAAAUGUACCAGACACACAAUUAUUUACAUCAAUUGUUACGGUUGCUGGAUUUGGUAAAACAGCUACGGGCGCAAUAAGUAAUAUGAUGGAAACAGUUGAUGUGACAAUUUUAUCGAGAAAUGCAUGUGAACAGAGACUACAGGUAUUUUUUCAAAGAAAUUGCAGAAUUCCAGUAAAUAAUUUAUGCGCAGCUGCCGAUCCAGUCGCAUUAAUGAGCAAAGGCAAUAGUGGCUCUCCAGUUUUAUAUAAUGGACAAUUAAUAGGCAUUCAUAAAGCAACGUCUCCCUCGAAUUUAGCACAAUAUAGUCCAGGAAAAGUAAACCUUUUUGUAUCUGUUGAUUACUAUAGGGAAUAUAUCACAGAUGUUUUGCAAAAUCACACAUGAUUUAUAAAA